AUGAAAAUUAAAGCCCUCUCCCGCCCAACAGCGUCGCAGCAGGCCCCAGGAUCCUCCGUGGUCCGCCAGUCGCGGAACCUGGAUCCAUCUCAACAUCCUUUUGAGCGGGCCCGAGAAUACACUCGAGCUUUGAAGGCCAUCAAAAUGGAGCGCAUGUUCGCCGCUCCUUUUAUUGGUCAAAUGGGGGAUGGACAUGUGGAUGGGGUCUAUACCAUGGCAAAGGACCCAAAUUCAUUGGAACGUUUCGCAAGUGGCAGUGGCGAUGGUAUGGUGAAGGUUUGGGACUUGACAACCCGGGAGGAGAUUUGGCACACACAAGGGCACGAGAAUAUGGUCAAGGGAUUAUGUUUUACUCCAGAGCGGAAGCUGCUGUCCUGCGCCAGCGACAAGACCGUCAAACUCUGGGAUCCGUAUCAUUCAUCGCCCGAGGCUGCGCCACUGGCAAGCUAUUUGGGCCCCAGUGCUUUCACAGGCCUUACCAUGCAUCGGGAUCAUCCUUCUUUCGCGGCAUCUUCCUCCGUGAUCUCGAUCUAUGAUCUUUCUCGCCCGUCCGGCGCAGCUUCGCAGACACUGCACUGGCCCACCAGUGUUGAUACAAUUACCUCGGUCGCUUUCAAUCAGACCGAGACAUCUAUCUUGGGCUCUACUGCCCUUGAUCGCUCCGUCAUCAUGUACGACCUUCGUACUUCCUCGCCUGUCCACAAGCUGGUCCUGAAGUUCGCAUCCAAUGCUAUCGCCUGGAACCCUAUGGAGGCUUUCAACUUUGCAGUGGCGAACGAAGACCACAAUGCUUACAUCUUCGAUAUGCGAAAGACAGAUCGUGCUUUGAACGUGUUAAAAGACCAUGUUGCUGCCGUUAUGGAUGUUGAAUUCAGUCCUACUGGUGAGGACUUGGUCACAGCUUCCUACGACCGUACCGUCCGUCUUUGGAACAGAGCUCGUGGACAUUCCCGGGAUGUCUACCACACACAGCGAAUGCAACGUGUCUUCUCCGCCAAAUUUACACCCGACAGCAAGUAUGUGCUCUCUGGAAGUGACGAUGGAAACGUGCGUCUGUGGAGAUCCAAUGCUUCGGACCGCAGUGGCGUCAAGAGUGCACGCCAGCGUGCCAAGUUGGAGUAUGACCAAGCUCUUAUCAAGCGCUACUCGCACAUGCCCGAAAUCCGCCGCAUCAAGCGCCAGCGUCACUUGCCUAGACCAAUUAAGAAGGCCGGUGAAAUCAAAAACGAGGAGUUGUCGGCUAUCAAGCGUCGUGAAGAGAACGUGCGCAAGCACACCAGCAAGGCUGAUCUGAAGCCACGCAAGAAUGAGCGUGAGAAGAUGAUCUUGACCCGGGAACAAUAA